CUGAGUCACCGAUCACCCUAGUGCCAUGGCUUUUGAUGAUGCAAGUACUAUCGCUCCAGACGAGCGUUGUGACACCAAGAGCGUCGACUUUCGCUCGUCAUUCUCCAAGGAUAGCUUCAUCUUUCGAGACGAUGAAACGCUAGUAUCCUCUUUCGAGGGCUACGACAAGGAGAAACAGUCUGAGUCCCUCCAGCGGCCCACGCUCAAGCGCAAAUCCCUCGACGACCAGUAUUGGGUAUCAUGGGCCCUUCCAGGCGUUCGUGAACACACCUCUGAAAACGCCAUCGGUCGUGUCCGCAAGGCACUCGUCAAGGCCCUCACGUCCAUCUGCGACGCGCGUCGCCGGUGCGCAGGAUCCAGCUCAUCCACCCCCCGUCCCAUAACCACGGUCGAUAGCACUGGGCUCUCCCUUGCCGACUAUAUUGCUAUCGUCGACCGCGAAUUCUCGCCCGCCGCCCGGUUCUCAGGCCAGCUACUCGUCCUCGCAUCGCAUCUCCAGCCUCCCUCCGACUGUAUCACCCCUGACUGCAAGGUGCACCCAAGCAUCAAGGCGUCGCAGUGGGCAGAACGCGUCCACGCUGUCGUGGCUGAGCGCGUGUCUGAGCGAUACGAACACAGGAUCACGGCGCUGAGCGUGCACGGCACGCACGACAUCCUCAUACACUGGGCACAGCUCUCGCGCGAAUCGCCUUACCUCCGACGCGUGAGCGUGAACCUUGAGCAUCCAGACCGUCCGUGGUCGGCCACGCUCGACUUGGAUAGCUGGGACUCCGAGUCUGACGGGAACGUACCUUCAUCUGCUGUGACGUCUGUGCCUGUGCCUGUGCGCGAGCCUCUGCCCGCACCUGCCCUACAUGUCACACGCAUCCCUCUGCACCACCUUGACAAGCUACAGUCUUCAGCGGCGGUGUACAUGUCCAUCCCCUGGGCGCAUCUCGCGCACCUCUCCUUGUCUGUUGUCAUCGCCCAGCAGCGCUUCUGCUCAUACAACACUAUCCUGCACUGCAUCUCAAAUCUCAAAUCCCUUCAGUCCCUCUCUAUCACGCUUACCCACGCUCUCCCCUCCUACUCGUCCUCUGACACCGUACUAGCACCGUGGAACAUCUCGUUUACCCCUCCCGCCGAACCCAUCCGUUUACCCCAUCUGCAUAGUCUAGAACUAGAAUUCCCCCUUUCAGACUACCACAGCGCCAGCUUCGUAGAGACCGCGUUCGACCUCCCGUCUCUGGCCCGCCUGCGUAUCGCGCGCGGGGCACAGGACGAGCGGAGACCAACGGCCGCGUCCAAGUGUGGCCUUCAACUCGCCAAGCUUCUUGCACCUGUUUCCGCCCUCGAGAGCCUCUCGCUGGCUGUUCGCAAGGUAGACGUGAACGACCUGAUGGAAUGCUUGGGCCAGUGCGUCGUGCGGCGAAUCGAGCUCGCGCUGUUUGACGCGACGCAUCUCGUGAGCGGCCUAGGCGCGCUUGGGAAUGGGUCGGGUGAAACGGGUGUAUGCACUCGGACGCCGCUCCCGAGCGCGCAGAUCAUUCGUCUGCACUCCGCCGUGUGGAACCACGUCAAAGUGAAGCUUGGGAUCGACCAGCGCCGGCUUUUGAGGGCGCGGAUCGGCAGGGUCUGUGGGGAGGGCUCGACGUCGCUCAAUACCGUCAAGGCGUUCCGCGAGAAGACGAGCGGGGGAGAUGCGAGUGCGGUGCUAGAGGAGGUGUGGGAGAAGGAGCUCAAUGGCGAGCGGAUGUACUUUGUGAAUGUCUUUCGUGUGCUCCUCUCGAACCCUAGCUCCUUUAAAGCUAAGGAUGCAGGGACAUGCUACGGGUCAGGGGUUUAUCGGUAGGUUGUGUAUAUUCUGAAACGAAUCGACUGCAUGUAUUGGUACGAUACGAUGUGAAGAUGUCCGCGUAUACAGCCAGCUUGGAGCUAUACCCUCUAACGCAGUCGAGGCGUAUACGAACCGG